UAAUGAUUUUUCUUUAAUGGCUGGAAUGACUGUAAAGUGUACGUCUUUAAAGACUUUUUCUUUAAAAACAAAAUGAAUUUAUUUAGGAUUUUCUGUAAUCCACAUAGGCUCGUGCACUCACUUCAUUUGUUAGUAAGCGGUGCUGAAGGUUCUACAGUGUCUUCUACCUUGACAAGACUUAUUAACUUAUGGUGAUCAUCAUCGACUGCAACUGGUAGUUUCUUUGCCAGUGUAAAAAACAAAAAAAAGGAUUUGUCAGCACUCGUUGGACUGACCAGUAGUCAGCACAAUGUUAAAAGUCCAAGGAACAUGGUUUAGACCUAAGAAGGAGAAUUGUAGAUUUGGGAUAGUAUCUUGGGGUCAUUUCUAAACAACUGCAUUCUAAGAUCAUCAGUUCAAGCAAUUGUACGCAAGUACUAGUUAUUCAGUUAUUCACUGUCACCCAGAUGUUCACCCUCAGAUGAGAGGAACUUGAUUACGACGUUCAGGAACCACAAAGGCUCAAGCCUGCCAUGAACUGAAAACUGCUGGUUAUCCAGCGUCACUGUAUACAGUGAAGUGGGUUUUACAUCAACAUGGACUGAGAGUGUGCCGACCAAAAGCCCCUGCUCCAAAACUGACACCUUCCAGUCCAACUGAAAUUUGCAGCUGCCCACAUGGACGAACCUGUUUUGGUGCUAGUGGUAGUGGUACAUUGGACGGAAUAAUGAAGAAGCGUGACUACCUCCAAAUUCUUCAACCUUACCACAAAAAUCAACAGUUAAACGGUUGAAACUUGAACACAGCUGGGUGAUCCAACAGGACAAUGAUCCUGAACACACAUCAAAAUUUAUUUGAAAACGAAUAAAGCAGGCUAACGUUAAGCUUCUGGAAGCUAGGAUACGCUUAAACACCUUACCAGGAAACCAAUUUAAAUGAACUUUACUAAAAACAUGUAUACUGUACAAUCAUUCCACCCUGGACAACCAACAGUUCGAAAAAGUAAAAAGACCAAAAUAACCAUGACAUUCAUGCCCAUGAUGAGUGUAUGUAGACUUCACGACUGCAUCUAAACCUAAGUGCCACUAGAGGGCAACAGAUAUCUUAUCAGGGCAUCAAUGAACUCCAAAAGUGCAAAUUUAAGUGAGUAAAACUGUUAUAAUCAUGCCUUCAGUAAUUGAAUUGUGUCCUUCACACCGCAUGGCAUUUCUGUUAUGUUUCAUAACAAAACAAAGUAGCUGCAGAUUUGAGAUAUUCUGGCUUUCUGGCUGAGCUAAAAACGUGCAGAUAGUUUUUAGUGGCUAAAAGGACACGCUGCUACUGUUUCUUAAGCUGGUCUCAUUCAUGCUCUCUGCAGAGAAGAGAAGGUAUCAAAGCGAAAGAAGCGCCGUCUGAUGCGUCUCAACGCGAUGCUGUAGGAGCGGAAAAAAGACCAUCCGACUUGAGAUCACCAGGAACAACUGGGACAGCGAGAGCUGCACGGAUUUUAGAUGUCAAACAAAUCGUAACGGUGACAUUUCUCCGCGCUGAAGUGGGAGGACACUUACAAAUUGCAAUGCUGAAAUAUGAGAGAGCGAAGCCGGGGCGGGUGAAGGCACAUGGGAGAGGACUGUUCGUAUACUCCGGGCUCUAAAAGACGAAAAAAAAAGGCACGAUUUGCUUGGACCUGGAUUUGGCGAAAACAGAUGAAUUCAUUAAGUUGAUCUUUGGUUCUCAACGGAUCUCUGCACACCUUUCUCUCCUACCGAUCUCAAUGGAUAGAUAGAUAGACCGUGAGGGCUGUGAUUAAAUUUCAUUUAACAUUUAAUCAGGGCUUUCGGAGCCAGUCUCAUUCAGAGGGUGAAGACUGUAUCCUGAAGUAUCCUGGGCUCUGGAGACAAAAUGUUACGGAUGUCUCUGACAGCUUUGAGGCUUUCGUGGAUUUUGUACAUCUGCACCGUGAGCACAAGUUCUGCACAAGAAAGACAGGGUUACUUGGUUGCUGCACCCUCUGUCUUUCGAGCGGGCGUCGAGGAGAGCGUGAGCGUAACCAUCUUUAACGCGAAAGCAGAAACCCGCGUCCAGGUGCAGCUGUCGGUGAAGGGACAGACGGUUGCCCACAGCCAUGGCUCAGUGCUCGACAAAGGCGCCAUCAAACUAAAGGUUCCCUCGGGGCUGAGAGGCCAGGCCCAUCUGAAGGUCUGGGGGAACCGUCACCUCGCGGAAGGAGGUUACAUUUUCCACAACUACACCACCGUCACCGUGGAGAGCAAGGGCACGGCUGUGUUCAUCCAGACUGACAAGCCCAUCUACAAACCCAAACAUAAAGUUCUCAUCAACGUUUACACAGUUGACCCUGACUUGAGGCCAGUAAACGAGAAGAUUGAGGCAUAUAUUUUGGAUCCAAGAGGAUCCAGGAUGGUGCAGUGGAAAGGGCUUAAUUCUGUCUGCUGUGGGGUGGUGAACAUGAGCUUUCCUCUGUCUGACCAGCCUGUGUUGGGAGAUUGGUUUGUCUUUGUGGAGGUGCAGGGCCACGCCUAUAACAAGUCGUUUGAAGUGCAGAAAUAUGUGGCGCCCAAAUUUGAGUUGGUGAUUGAUCCACCGCGCUACAUCCGUGAUCUGAACUUAUGUGAGCAGGCCACAGUCAGGGCCAGAUAUACCUUUGGGAAACCCGUAACUGGGAAGUUGACAGUAAAUAUGACGGUGAAUGGAGUCGGCUACUACCGCCAUGAGAUGGGCCAUCCUGUCAUAAAAACUAUGGAGAUCAAAGGCUCUGCAAAUUUCAGUCUGUGCGUCAAAGACAUGAUGCCCUUGGAUGUGGCUGAUCACUUCAGGGGGACUGUUAGCAUUUGGGCUUCUGUGACCAGCGUAGAUGGAAGCAAGCAAACCACAUUUGAUGAUUCCACACCAGUCCAUAAACAGCUCAUUGACAUCAAGUACUCUAAGGAUACACGCAAACAGUUCAAGCCUGGUCUGCCUUACAAAGGGAAGAUUGAGGUCACUUAUCCUGAUGGGAGCCCGGCUGACGGGGUAAAGGUGCGCAUUAAAGCAGAGCUGACCCCGAAGGACAACGUCUAUACCAGCGAACUAAUCUCCAAGGACGGUCAGGCCACCUUUGAGAUCCCUUCCAUCCCUGCAGCUGCUCAGUAUGUCUGGCUUGAGACCAAGGUGAUAUCCAUUGAGGACAGGACAGUUGGAAACCAGUACUUGCCCAGCUACCUUUCUAUCAGUAGUUGGUACUCUCCUAGCAGGUGUCACAUCCAGAUCCAAAGUCCCAGCACCCCGCUCAAGGUUGGACAAGAGGCAGAAGUGGCUCUCAAAUCCACUUGUCCCUGUAACUUCACCCUGCAUUACGAGGUAGCAUCCAGGGGAAACAUUGUCCUAUCAGGCCAACAGGCAGCCAACCUGACAGCCUCCCACAGAGAGAAAAGGGCUACAGUCACCUUUGACAAGAACAUUCACAGCACCCACCUGCCUCCUUCUGCUUCUGAUGUUGCAGGCUCUUCCUCCCAGACUGAGAUGGACAGAUGUGUGUCCUACCUACAUUUUCCUGUUAGGCACAGCAUGGCACCACUCAGCCGUCUGCUGGUCUACUAUGUGAGGGAAAACGGUGAGGGUGUCACAGACAGUCUGCAAAUCCCUGUCAAGCCCGAGUUUGAGAACCAGGUGUCUAUUUCUAUGUCAACCAAUGAGUCCAUGCCGGGGGACUUGGUGACCCUGCGUGUUCGGGCUCAGAGGGGAUCCUGUGUUUGUGUGGCCACUGUAGAUAAGAGUCUUUACCUGCUGAAGCCCGACUUUCAGCUGAGUCCUGAAAAGGUGUUUAAAGAGCUGGCAGAGUUUGAUGUUUCAGACGCUUUCAACAUCCCUAAAGAUGACGGACACUUCUGGUGGCCUGGGCUGACGGCAAAAAGACGGAGGCGGUCCUCUGUGUUCCCAUGGCACUGGGACAUCACUAAGGACGCGCGCUUUGCUUUUACAGAAACGGGACUGGUUGUGAUGACAGAUAUGGUGAGUUUAAACCAUCGGCAGAGUGGGGGCACGUACACAGAUGAAGCUGUUCCUGCCUUUCAACCGCACACCUCUACCUUGGUGGCUGCUAUGCCCUCCCGCCCCACAAACAGAGUAGAGAGGCGGAGGCGUACAUUUUUCCCAGAGACUUGGGUGUGGCACUGCCUCAACGUCAGCUCUGAAACUGGGGAAGCUGAACUGCACCUGGAUGCGCCAGAUUCGAUCACGACAUGGGUGGCAGAAGUUGUUUCCCUGUCCGAGCAGAAGGGGUUGGCUUUAGGAACGAGAGCAGAGCUUCGCACCUUCAAGCGCUUCUUUGUGGACUUUACGCUGCCCUACAGCUUAAUCAGAGGGGAGCAGACCAAAGUUCCCCUCACCGUCUACAACUACCUGCCUACCUGCUCUGCAGUUCAUUUAAAAGUGUCGGUUCCAGAGGGCAUCAAGUUUGUUGGCCAUCCUGGAAAGCUUCAUCUCACCAGGAAGAAGUGUGUUGCUCCUGGAGAGGCCGCUCCUACAAAUAUUGUAUUGUCGUUCACUGAGCUGGGAUCAGUUAACAUCACAGCUCGUGCCAUUGCCUUUAGUGAACCAGGCUGCUGUUCAGAUGGAUUCCAGAUAGGCAAAAUAAGUAAUGACAUGAUCCAAGGCCAAGACUAUGUCCGUAGGACUGUCCUGGUUGAGCCAGAAGGCUUGCCCAGAGAAUACACCUACAGUGUUUUCUUCUGUCCAAAUGAGAGGAUUCAUAUUUCUACCCCCAACAAAUAUGAGUAUCAGUAUGUGAAAAAGCCAAGCAGGAUGAACCAGUUCCAGGUGGCAGUAAAGACACACAACGAUGCCCAUUUUGCCCUCUCUGCCAGUCCCCAUGACAGCGCAGAGAUGCUGGAGAUCGUACUCGGGGGCAGGCAGAACACUCGUUCCUGGAUUUCCGUGGGCAAAAUGGGCGAGCCUCUUGUCAGCGUCCCUACGCCAGGGAUCCUGUCUUGGGAUGAAUUCCGCAGCUUUUGGAUCAGUUGGAAGGGAGGCGUGGUACAGGUGGGCCAUGGUUUACAUCCAACCAAUGAAUCGGUCAUCCUGCAAUGGGCAGGCCAAUUCACAGGACAGGUGCGGCACAUAGGCUUUUCUACAGGCUGGGGCUCAGUAGGGGAGUUCAAGAUUUGGAGGAAGGAAGACUCUGAUGACAACCACAAUGAGGCUUUCACACUUGGAGUCCCACAAAACAUGGUGCCUGGAUCAGAAAGAGCUGCUGCAUUUAUGAUUGGUGAUGUUAUGGGGCCAACUUUACAUAACCUGGACAAGCUCUUGAGGCUACCCUUUGGAUGUGGUGAGCAGAACAUGAUCCACUUUGCCCCCAAUGUCUUUGUUUUGAAGUAUCUGCAGAAGACCAGGCAGCUCAGCCCUGAGGUUGAAAAUGAAGCAACUGACUACUUACUUCAAGGCUACCAGAGACAGCUGACCUACAAGCGGCGGGAUGGAUCAUACAGUGCUUUCGGAGAGAGGGAUUCCUCUGGCAGCAUGUGGUUGACAGCAUUUGUGCUGAAGUCCUUUGCCGAGUCUCGAGGAUUCAUCUACAUCGACCUCGAUGAGCUUCAUGCAGCCAAGUCUUGGCUCAUCAAGCAUCAGGGAGAUGACGGCUCCUUCCCCGCUAUGGGACGCAUCCUCAACAAAGACCUGCAGGGAGGAAUCCAUGGGAAGAUUUCACUUACAGCUUAUGUGGUAGCAGCUCUGUUGGAGACAGGGAUUACCACAGAGGAAGAGAAAGUGGCAGUGGCUAAAGCCAAGGACUUUCUGGAAGGGAACACAUACACUGCUGAUGAUCCUUACACUACCGCUCUGUCUGCGUAUGCCUUGGCGCUGCUACGCAGUCCUUAUGCCCCGCUGGCCUUGCGCCGCCUCAACCACAUGGCUAUCACACAAGAUGGACUAACCCACUGGAGUUUAACUGGGAGCACAAUGACAGAUGAAGACACUUUCAUGGGCUUCAGUGAUGGCCUCGCUCAGUCAGUGGUAUCAGCAGAAGUGGAGAUGACCGCGUAUGGUCUUUUGACCUACACGCUGCUGGGGGAUGUGGCAUCUGCCCUACCCGUCGUCAAAUGGCUCUCCCAGCAAAGGAAUGCCUUGGGUGGCUUCUCCUCCACACAGGACACAUGUGUGGCUCUGCAUGCUUUGUCGGAGUAUGCCAUCCUGUCUUAUGUCGGAGGGGUAAACCUCACUAUCUCACUGGCCUCCACCAACCUUGACUUCCAGGAGACCUUUGAACUCAACAGGGACAACAAGAAGCUCCUCCAGAGUGCCAAGAUCCCCAGUAUCCCCACAGGCCUUUUCGUCAGCGCUAAAGGAGAAGGCUGCUGUCUCAUGCAGAUCGACGUGUCUUAUAAUGUACCUGACCCAGUUUCCAAGCCAGCCUUUCAUCUCAAGGUGGAUCUGAAAGAGCCUUUUCAGGAACGAAACCUGCAGCCCCUCUCCUCCUCCUCCUCUUCCCGUCAUUCUACUUCACGAUCCCGGAGCCGCGCUGACAACCGCUCUGAGCUUAACUGGAAGCGACGGGCACCCAUUGACGAUGAUGACCCAGCAGCCCACCAGGACAAAUUGGAUUAUCACAUCUCAUUAGAAGUUUGUGCAAGGUGGCUUCAUUCAGGCUCGUCUAACAUGGCUGUCAUAGAAGUACCCAUGAUUUCUGGUUUCCGAGCAGAUGUCGAAAGUCUAGAGCGGCUGCUUAUGGACAAGAGAGUCGGUCUGAAGAGAUAUGAGCUGAAUGGGAGAAAAGUGUUGUUCUACUUUGAUGAGAUUCCCAGCCAGUGUAUGACGUGUGUGGCCUUCCAAGCUGUCAGGGAGUACAUUGUGGGCAAGACGGCGCCUGUUCCGGUCAAGAUCUAUGACUACUAUGAACCAGCUUUCGAGGCUACCCGGUUCUACAAUGUUAGUGAGAGCAGUCCACUUGCACGGGAGCUGUGUGAUGGACCUACGUGCAAUGAGGUGGAAAGUUCAACCAAUCAGUGGAUAGGUUUUGUACAGGCAAACCAGUGCAACAAUGUGUUUGGCUGUCUGGAGGAGGAGCGGUUUGAGCGCUGCACGUGCUACAGGGAUUGCGGUUACGAUGGGGAUCCUGUUUGUGGGUCAGAUGGGCAGCUCUACCAGAACCAGUGUCAGAUGGAGGUCUUUGCCUGCAGAAAUGGCACAAGAAUCAAGCAGGUUCCGUUGUCCCAGUGUCCAGACGUGAAGACCACGGAGGACAGGCAACCAAUAGUGAGUCAGGAAACUGAGCAACCCUCAGUGCCUGUACACACAGGCGAAGAGGAGCAGGGCUCUAUGGCAGAGGUGUCCUACUACUCCUAUGAAUACGACCCAGACUCUGAUCCUUUCCUUGCUGAUGCAGAGGGAGGGGACCAUUUGGAUCUUCCUGAAGGCGGCAGGGGUGUGGAGCAUAACGUGCUCCUGCCAGUAGAUUCCCAGCUACCCACACUGGACACAAAAAACACCCCUGAGCGAUGAAACACUCCCAGAGUGAAGCCAUACCCACCUCCGAAUUGUACAUUAUUUGUGAAUAUGAUAGUGAAUGGAAAGAGAAGAGAGACUUGCUGAAAGGAAGACAUGGUGGGGUCUGGAGAAUGAGUGUUUGACCUUGUGUGAGUCAGAGUGGAUGCAUUUAUAAGCCUGUGUGUGUGCUUGGAUGUGACUGUGUACGUUUUUUAUUAAGCUAGUAUCCUCCAGACUUGUAUUUUUCUUCCUCUAGACUCCUAGUAAUCAAUAGGCACAAUAUCAUAUUUGUUAAUCACUGUACUGCCUUAAUCAUCACUAGAAGAAAUAAUCAAGUAUUUAUGUUUGUAAUUACACCUGAUGUUAUGCAACAUAUUUUGUUAUAUUUUCUAUCUGUGGUAUUUAUUUUUAGAUAGAGAUCAUAUCAUUUUUAUUUUCUAAGUCGCCCCCUCUGUACAAUCUACCUGCCCCUUGUGGAUUUUUAAGAUGUAUGCUAUACUAUCCAAGGCAUUUUUUUUUCUUUCAUAGCAAGCUUUAACCCAGUUAUUGCAAUGUUUGAUGAAAUUCCUCUUCUGGUAUCCUGCUGGAAAACAGACAUAUGCUAACCAUAUGCUUUACGGAAACAUAAGCUGAAAUGUUUUUCAUUUUAAAGAUUUUUGGGGGGGCAUUUUUGUCUUAUUAGAAAGCAGAGUAGAGAUUGACAAGAAACACAAGGAGGCAGAAGGGGACUGGCAUGCAACAAAGGCCUCUGGCCGACUCUGACUUUUACAGUUCGACCCCAGCUGUAGUGUUUCUGAAAUUAUUCUGCCAAGAUACCAGCAUCUCCUCUCACCAUUGAGAUUUGAUUGUACAGCUCAUAAGCUAUUUUGUUUUUUUGUUCAAUUUUGAUCUUUGAAGCAUUCAAGUUAAAAAUAUUAAAGAAUAAUAAAGAAUGAAGUUUUGAUUUCUGUAAAAGUACCAAAUUUGAUCAAAUGUAACCCAGAUCGAUA